GGUACUCACAUAACCCGGAAGUGCUUCUGUCCGCCAAACAACACUUUCCGGCCGGUCAACCUUCCUCCGUCCUCCUGCUCUGCUGCGUCCUCUCCUUGUGUUUAAAUGGCAUUAUUUUCGCUAAGGUGCUUCACACAAACCAGUCGGUGGUUUCGUUUCUCCCGCGUUCCUGCCUUGAAAUUCCACAAGUCUUCCAUGAUGGGUGCGACGGUGGAGCAGUUUGAGGAGGCCAAGAACAAAAUGUCCACGUUGAAGAACGAUCCUGGGAAUGAGGUCAAACUAAAGAUCUAUGCUCUAUUCAAGCAGGCUACACACGGUCCAUGUGACAGCCCUAAACCCGGAAUGCUGGACUUUGUCAACAAAGUCAAAUGGGACACAUGGAAAUCUCUGGGCACCAUAACACAGGAAGAGGCCCGGCAGCAGUACUGCAACCUGAUUGGCUCCCUGCUGGCAAAAGAAGGCGGUAGCCCCGCCCAGGAAGUGUCGGCUCAGCCGGCCGCCAGCAGCAACACGUACACGACCUUACUGGUCAGCACGCAGGACAACAUCACCACCAUCCAGCUCAACAGACCCGCCAAGAAAAACGCCAUCACCACUGAGAUGUAUGAGGAGAUCAUUGAUGCUCUGCAGCAAGCAGCUGAAGACACGUCUGUUGUCCUCACUGUCUUCACUGGUGCUGGUGACUUCUACUGCAGUGGAAACGACCUGAGUAACUUCACCAAGAUCCCAGAAGGAGGUGUGGAGCAGAUGGCCAAAGCAGGCGGGGAGCUGCUCAGGAGGUACGUGAAGGCUUACAUUGACUUCCCCAAGCCGCUGGUGGCUGUGGUCAACGGUCCAGCUGUGGGAAUCUCCGUCACCAUUUUGGGGAUGUUUGACCUGGUCUACGCCGCAGAGUGUGCGACCUUCCACACUCCCUUUAGCCAACUUGGUCAGAGUCCAGAAGGCUGCUCAUCAUACACGUACCCUCGCAUCAUGGGGGCCAGCAAGGCGUGCGAGAUGCUGCUGUUCAACAAGAAGCUAACGGCGGUGCAAGCGUGUGAGCUGGGUCUGGUCACAGAGGUGUUUCCUGACAGCAGCUUCCAGUCAGAAGUGUGGAGGCGACUGAGGAGCUAUGCUAAGCUGCCUCCAAACUCUCUGGCGCUGUCCAAACAGCUGAUUCGCUCGGUGGACAAGGACCGCCUCCACGCCGUGAACGACGCCGAGGUGGAGCGUCUGAUGGAGCGCUGGAUGUCGGACGAGUGCUUCAACGCCGUCAUGAGUUUCUUUCAGGCCAAAGCCAAGCUGUGAUCACAUGACUUGGACAUUGUGUCCUUUUCACUAACAUGAAGGAUCAAGUGCCUCUCCUCACGCAUCAAUGAACUCUUUUUGUCUAAUUGAUUGAGACUUUUAUUAGUAGGUUGCACAGUGAAGUACAUCAUACUUGCCAACCCUCCCGAAUUUUCCGGGAGACUCCCGAAAUUCAGCGCCUCUCCCGAAAACCUCCCGGGACAAAUAUUCUCCCGAAAAUCUCCCGAUUUUCAGCCGGAGCUGGAAGCCACGCCCCCUCCAGUUCCAUGCGGACCUGAGUGAGGACAGCCUUUUUUCCCGACGGGAGGACAACAGGGUGACAAGAACUAAAUCACCCAGACUACAGAUCAAUUGUAUUAUUAUGUUUAUCUUACCUAAAAAUAAAUAUAUUUAUUAAUUAAAAAAAACAAAAAACAAAAUAAAUUUUUAUUAUAUUUUGCUAAAAACAUCCAAAUUAAUUGUAUUUUUAUUUGUAUUUUUUCUGACUCCUUAUUACAUCCAGCCAUAUAAUUAUACAUUAAAAUAAACAUAUUUGAAAUAAUUAAUUUUAAAUUAUCAUAAUAAUUAAUUUAAAAUGAGCAUAUUUAAUUAUUAUAAUUGCUUGUUUAUCAACAACUUUAGCAUUUUAUUCAUUACAUUUUGAAGCUCUCAGAAGCCAAGUUAUGUUAUAUUCCUUAAGAUUUAUUUAUGCAAGUUUGAAGUAUCAAUUAUCUAAACACAGUUUUGUUUGCAUAUUUUCAGGAUGAAGAUAUAUAUAUGUAUAUAUAAAUAUACACAGUAUAUAGCUGUCAAUAUACUCCUCCCCUCUUAACCACGCCCCCACCCCCCCACCUCCCGGAAUCAGAGGUCUCAAGGUUGGCAAGUAUGAAGUACAUAUUCCGUAAUAAAUGUCUUCUAGUGAGAAACAACAAACUACUUGUUGCUUUUGUUGAAUAAAAAAUUCACCAUC